AUGUCCUUGCUCCUCCAGGGUAACCUCAAUCACGCCCGCGAGGCACAGGACCUCAUGGUCCACAGCCUCGUGGAGCUAGGGGGAACUCUCGCGGUGGUGGCCGAGCCCUACUCCAUCCCGGACCACCCCUCGUGGACGGGAUCGGAGGACGGCUUGGUCGCAUUUUAUUUUAGAUGGGGGCCUCGACCGGAGGCAACCAUCUUCUCCCCGUUAGAAAGGGGAGAAGGCUUCGCGGUAGUGCAAUGGGGGGAACUCAACGUCGUCGGGUGCUACUUCUCGCCCACGAGACCCUUCCACGAGUUCGAGAGGUAUUUGGACGGGCUGGAGCUCGUAAUACACCGCUACCAGUUCCGUCCAUUACUUGUCUUGGGGGACUUCAAUGCCUGGUCCGAGGCUUGGGGUUCCCUCAGGACGGACGAGCGUGGAAGGGCUCUUGAAGACUGUGCGACGGCCUGCGGCCUCGCCGUUGUAAACGAGGGCACGCAACUCACGUGCGUUAGGCAGUUCGGGGGCUCGGUGGUUGAUGUGACCUUCGCCUCCCCGUCUGCCGCUGCACGUGUGUCCGGGUGGAAAGUAAGGGAUGACAUGGAGACCCUGUCAGACCAUCGCUAUAUAACGAUGAGGGUCUCCGUGCUCCCUGACAACAACCCCCGGGGCCGUCGCGGGGCGAGAAGGAAGCCCCGCUCCCAAGGGUGGGUCCUUGAAAAGAUGGACCCAGCUAUUCUGUCCGCCGCUGUCCAGGUCGCGGCUUGGCCACGUCCACCGGCCGAGCCGCGUGACCUCCGGGCGGAGGUAAGGUGGUUCCGCAGAACGGUCACAAGACUUUGUGACGCGGCUAUGCCACGUUCUCGCGGACCGCCUAACCGGAGGUCGGCGUAUUGGUGGUCGGGGGAGAUUGCGGACUUGAGAGCCGCAGCCAUCCACGCCCGACAUCAGUACGUCCACGCCCGUCGUCACCUACCGGGUGAUGAUGAGGCGACCGAGGCAGCGGAGGCUGCCUACGAGGUGUACCGCGCAGCGCGCAGGGCCCUCAAGGCAGCCAUAAGGAAGGCGAAGUCCCGAGCGUGGGACGAGCUCCUCCAAACUGUUGACGGGGAUCCAUGGGGCCGUCCUUACCGUCUGGUGAUGGACAAAUUGCGCCCCUGGACACCGCCAGUUACGGAGCGUCUGGACCCCCAGCUCCUGGAGAGGGUGGUGUCGACCCUCUUCCCAGGCGGAGAGGGCGACUGGCCCUCCCGUGAGCCUGAGCUGGACCCCCCUGCUGGGUGGUCCAGUGACCUGGGGGUCACAGAGGAGGAGCUGAACCGGGCCAUCCGUCGGAUGAUGGUUAAGAACACUGCGCCCGGUCCCGACGGAGUGCCCGGCAAAGUCCUGGGCUUCGCCUUCGGACGGGAUAGUCCUUUGGGAGAGCGCCUCAGGCACAUCCUCACGGAGUGCCUGAGGACAGAGUGGGAGCAGCUCCUGGCUGAGCCACAGGCGGACGGCCAGGAGGUCGUUCGGGCUAUCCGACCCCAUUUGGAAACGUGGUUGAACCACGGGGUCGGACGCCUCACCUAUCGCGUGACACAGGUGCUCACCGGGCAUAGCUGCUUCGGUGAGUACUUGUGUCGCAUCAAACGCGAGUCGACAACGCAUUGUCACGAGUGUGGGGCGGCCAGCGACACGGCGGAUCACACCGUGGAACAUUGUCCACGGUGGGAUCAAGAACGCCGGGAGCUGGUCGCCCAAAUUGGAGAGGACCUCUCCCUGAACGGGCUGUUGAAAGCCCUGUGUUCAGAGGAGAGGGAACAAUGGGAGGCUGUGGUCUCCUUCUGCUCCACGGUGAUGGANCAGAAGGAGACUGCAGAGCGGGAGC